AUGUAUUAUACAAAAAUUUCUAAUUAUGUUAUCAACUCUCCAAUUCGAACGUCCGAUCAUUGUUCAUCGUCUCGAAAGAAAAACCGACGAAUUCCGAGCCUAGCGCAUAGUGUAAUAUUGCAACCAACGCACAAUGAGUCUAUGACAUUUGUCCCAAAUUUCUUAAUGAUUUAUGCCAUCAUGAGAACAGAUUUUCUAGUACUUACUCAAUUUUUAAUAUCAAUUAAACUUUUGUCUUCAUUCACACAAUUAAAGCAGAAUCAUCGCAUUUCUUGUAUUAAUAAGAAGUGGGGACAGAAUCAAAUUUUGGUGCAAUCUCCGAUCUUUCUGUUCUGUUCUUGUCCAAUCAAAAGAGAAAUGCCAGAUGUAUGCGGUAAUCACGUGAGCGAAGUCAGAUUUAUGCUUUCUUUAAAUAUCCCUCGCUUUUCUAUUCCAUCCUCAGUUUCUGUAAGAACAGAAGUGUAUUGUUUAUAUAUAGUCCUAUUGAUACAAUUCAUCAUGUACUUCACCGUAAUAUUAAUUAUUGUUCUAACAAUUUUAUUUGGACUAUACUAUGGAAUAGCAGAAUACUUUUUAAAUAAAUUACAUAUGUUUAAUAUUAUCAAAGGAAUUCCUGGACCAAAAGCAUUUCCAAUUAUUGGAAAUGCUCAUCUGUUUAUUGGCAACACAACAGCUCUAUGGAAACAAAUACUAAAUCUAGGUAAGAAUUAUCAAUUAUUGUGGCGUGUAUGGAUAGGCGCGAAAUUAUUUUUAGUAAUAGAGAAUCCUGAAUAUAUCAAGACUGUACUCAAUAGUCCAAAUAUUACUGAUAAGAGCGUGGAAUAUGAAAAAUUGAAACCUAUUGUAGGCGAUGGUUUGUUUACUGCUCCAGGUAAAGUAAUAUGUAAAUUAUGUAAAAUAAGUGAAAUAUGUAAAUUAAACACUAAUUGCUUUCCUUUUGAUUUGAUUUUAGCAUCAGUAUGGGAUUCACAUCGGAAAGUUUUAAAUAAAAUGUUCCUUAUGAAAAAUAUAAAGUCACAUAUGGAUGUAUUUGUUCAUCAUUCUAUCGCAUUAAUGGAAAAAAUAGAAACUUUUGUUGAAAAAGAAUUAGACGUUUUUGAUUAUGUCUUUCGCUGUACUUUGGAUAUAAUAUAUGAUGCCUCGCUGGAUACGCAAAUAAAUUCGCUGACAAAUCCGGAUUGUAAAUUAGCUGAAUCAAUAAGAGGUGUGAUGGAUAUAGAAACACAAAGGGUCUUCAAAUUAUGGUUACAUCCUAGCUUUAUUUUUUAUAACACCGCUAGAGGAAAGAAAUUUCAAGCCUGCUUGGCUUAUCUGGAUAACGUAACAAACAAGAUAAUCAAAGAAAAAAUGGAAUCUAUGUUAAGAAGUAAAAUUAAUCGGCAAAUGACGGCGGAAAAAUUAGGACAAAAACAGAAGACACUUUUCGAUUUUUUAUUCGAGUUAUCGCACGAAGGGGAAAUAUAUACGGAAGAAAAUACCCGCGAUGAAAUUAAUACAUUAAUAAUAGCUGGAAGCGAAACUUCAGCCACAACCAUUAGCUUUGUCCUCUUAAUGCUUGCAACAUUCCCGGAAAUUCAAGACAAAGUAUAUGAGGAAAUAAAUCGAAUUUACUGCUCGGACGAUCCGAAAUGUGUUCCAAUGACAUAUAAUGAUAUUAAAAGUAUGAAACUUUUGGAAAAUGUGAUCAAGGAAACGUUACGUCUCUUUCCUGCAGGUCCUGUCAUCGCCCGGAAAGUAACACAAGAUAUAAAAGUUACUAAAAAUUGGACUAUACCAAAAGGAUGUUCAGCAGUAUUUCUCAUCUAUAAACUACAUAGAAGCGCGAAAUAUUGGCCACAACCAUUAGUAUUUGAUCCUGAUAGGUUCCUACCGGAAAGGAAUUGUUCUACGUGUUUCUUUCCAUUUAGUUACGGUCAAAGAAAUUGCAUAGGUCAAAAUUUCGCUAUGCUAGAGAUGGCAACAGUAAUAUCUACACUGAUAAAAAAAUUUAGAAUUACAAUAGACAAGCCAAUAGAAAUUGCAAAAAUAGAUGUAAAGUUGAGCAUCACAUUAAAACCGAUGAAACCAAUAAUAUUAAAAUUUGAAAAAAGAAAUUAAUUAAAACAUAGAAUAUACAUGCAUGAAUAU